AUGCAGGAGGCGGAAAUCCCUGAAACGGGUCUGGUAAAUCUGUCAGAUAUCAAAUCGCACAAUAUAUUUAUUCCGCCCCUCAAUUUUGCCCCCGUCCAGCGCCAGCUUUAUCGUUGCGGCGAACCAACUGUUUUGAACUUCGAGUUUCUUCAGCUGCUCAAAAUAAGGACAGUCGUGUGGUUAGCUGCUGAAGACCCAAAAGAUGCGUUUUUGGCAUUCACUGAUAAUAAUGAUAUCAGCUUCGAGCAUCUUGGAAUCCUGGCCGAAGGUGCAAACCCGUGGGACGACAUCACAGAUUACACUAUUAAAGCUGCUUUGGAGAUCUUGCUGGACAAGUCUCGCUACCCCGUAAUGGUUUGCUGCGGUAUGGGCAGACACCGCACCGGAACAGUUGUUGGGUGUUUGAGAAAGCUUCAGGGAUGGUCGUUCGCCAGUUUGGUCGAUGAGUAUGGCAGGUUUGCAGGCCCAAAAGGCGAGCGGGUAUCUGUUGAAAUGAAAAUUGAACAGUUCGACACUAGCGUCGUUCAAGUUUUUGACCCCCCGGAGUGGUACAUCAAGACCACGUCUUAA